ACAGCAACGUUACUGUAAGUUAGCUGAGCUCCGAGUGGGUAUUUUUUGCGGCAUAGUGAUAAUUUGCUGUGUUGCAACAGGGGAUGAAGUCGAAACAUGCAACAGUACUGACAUGAGCAGCUCAGACAGACUGCACUGUGUCGUCUUCAGAGGUUAUCUCUGCUCUGUCAUGUUGAGGGUUUCUCUCAGAGCUCCCGAGGAACAGCCACUGUCAUUUCUUAUCUCAACAGCUGGGUGGAGUAAAAGUCGGUGUCAACACGUUCUUCAAAGGGAAUUUCUCAGAAAGCUCAAGUGUAUAUACUCAGGAGCCGGUUAGACAUCUCAAUUAAAGGCUGAUCAGUCUAAAGGGGUUCGAGGCACAGAGGAAGUCCGACAGCUGAAUGGUUUUUGGCAGUGUCACGUGGAACGAAAGUGAUACUUGGGUUUUUUCCCUCCUAUUUUCGUUUUUUUUCUUUUCUUUUUUCUUUAUUAAAGGACAUCUUAAGUAGGUUAGUGUCGCGGUGGCUGUGCUUCAGUUCAGUUCAGUUCAUUUCUGGAGCAGAUAAUGGGGGACAGGUGCGCUCCGGAUACGACGGAGAAUGGUCCACACAUGGGAGUAAUAGGUCCAGCUGCCGCGGACCCCAUUGAACACAGCGGGAUCAUAAACAGGGAGAGCGACUUGGGGGUCACUACGCGUCUAUACAGGAGGCGAUGGAUGAUAGUGUUCCUCUUCAGCUCUUACUCUCUGAUCAACGCUUACCAAUGGAUCCAAUACGCGAUCAUCAGCAACAUAAUUAUGAAGUUCUACAAGGUGGAAGCCUUCGCGGUGGACUGGCUGUCUAUGGUCUACAUGCUCACAUACAUCCCCUUCAUUUUCCCAGUCACCUGGCUCCUGGAUAUUAGGGGACUGCGGGUCACAGCGCUGAUUGCGAAUGCGCUCAACUGCGCCGGGACGUGGAUAAAGGUGGCCAGUGCCAAACCGAGCCUAUUCUGGGUCACCAUGCUUGGACAGUUUAUGAGUUCCUUUGCCCAGGUUUUCAUCCUCGGGAUGCCCUCCCGCCUGGCGUCGGUGUGGUUCGGAGCGAAUGAGGUUUCCACCGCCUGCUCCAUUGGAGUUUUUGGCAACCAGUUGGGUAUUGCCAUUGGGUUCCUGGUUCCACCCAUCCUCGUGCCUAACGUGGAUGACAUGGACGAGCUGGCACAUCAUAUCAGUAUCAUGUUCUACAUUAGCGCAGGCAUGGCCACCGCCAUCUUGGUCCUUGUGGUCAUCGUGUUUCAGGAGAAACCUGAGAUCCCACCCAGCCAGGCCCAGGCACAGGCCAGGAACAUGCAGCCUGAUGAGUACUCCUACACAGCCUCCAUCUUGAGUCUGCUGCGCAACAAGCCCUUCAUGCUCCUGGUGGUCAGCUAUGGCUUGAAUGUUGGCUGCUUCUAUGCUAUUUCCACACUGUUGAACCGGAUGAUCAUUGAGCACUAUCCUGGUGAAGAGGUGAAUGCUGGGAGAAUCGGUCUGACCAUUGUCAUUGCUGGCAUGGCGGGCUCUCUCAUAUGUGGCAUAUGGCUGGACAAGACCAAAACCUACAAACAGACCACCUUGGCCGUGUAUAUCCUUUCUCUAACUGGGAUGCUGGCCUACACCUUCACCCUCAACUUGGGUCACCUGUGGGUGGUGUUCGUUACAGCUGGAGUUUUAGGUUUCUUUAUGACAGGAUACCUGCCUCUGGGUUUCGAGUAUGCAGUAGAGCUCACCUACCCAGAAUCGGAGGGGACCUCGUCCGGACUGCUUAACUGUUCAGCUCAGAUCUUUGGAAUCAUUUUCACCAUAGCUCAGGGAAAGAUCAUGGAUUACUGGGGAACUUUAGCUGGCAACAUAUUCUUGUGCAUCUUUCUGCUAAUAGGAACAGUGGUGACAGGAUUUAUCAAAUCCGACCUCCGACGGCAGAAGGCCAACCAACAGGUUGAGGUGCAGACAGUGAGUACAAUUACUGCUGAUCUGGAAAGAGGAAUCUCUCCACCUGAAAUCUUGAAAGAGGUGAGGUUGUGAGGAAGACAGAUAUUUCUCUGUCCAAGAUCUCAGAAUAUCACCGUGUACAGAUUAAAAACAAAUAAGACACAUUAAAAAACAACAACAAAAACUGACAUAUCGAGACGCACAAUCAUGCACAAACGACUGAGGAGCUGAAAGCUGUGAACUGUAAGAACAUGGAGGCUGAAUCACAGAGAACAGUGUUGCUUUACGGAGUUCUGUUUGGACUCUGUGAUGCAGAAAUCCACAUUGGUAUUACACCCCAAACCACCAUGGGGGAAUGCACUUUCAAGGUUUUUACAUCAUGGGAUGAUGGCAUUUUACAUGUCUUGUUAGGUGUAAUGUAUCUGCCACUUUAGUGACUCCAACCUUCAAUCUAACUGAAUGCCUUUCCUAGUUUUCUUCUGACCGGUGUUAAUGUAGUGUUUUAUGCAUUUGACUGGCAAUAUUGAAAGUUUUCUAAUAUAUGACCAACAUUGUGUGUAAUUGAACUCUCUCUUUACAUUGAUGAAGGUGUCUCAUGUUAGUGUUCUGUGUUUAGAAUAUGUGUAUUCAAUGCAGAUUAAGGACUACGACGUGUUUACCUGUCAGGCAGCCAAGUCACCUUUCGCCUAAUUGAGGCUUUCGUAUCUGUCGUCUGCCGUUCAGGAUGACAGUAUUACUUGUGAAUACUGCUGAUGCAAUGUAUCUGAGUUCGCUUUGGGGGGGGCGGUCAAUAUUGGCCCCAUUUUACUGUGAUUGACUUCUUUAAAAAGACACAAGAGGCGAGAAUGUCCGGAACGUAAAGGAUGUCAGCACAGCGGAAAAUAAGAACAACACAAUGGGAGAUUGCGACUAAUCAGAUCUACUGCCCUUGUCAUUUUGCACACUUUUUAUGUGUACUUUUUACUUUUGGUACUGUAGAAUUAUACAAACAGGCGACAAAUCGAAGGGAAAUCCAUCAGAAAUAUGUCUUGGGUGUUGGGCCAAUACAUGCCAGAGUCGGAGUAAUGCAGCUCAGUUCUUGUGGAAAAUAUUACCUAAUUUUGUGUGAAUAAUUGUAGUGGCAAGCAAACAUAAGAUGGCCAAAAUCUCCUCUUUAUGGUCAAUGUGGUUAAAUUCUGAUGACUUUAAAGGCUUAACACAUCUUAUUUUUUAUAGUCAUUAAGUGUCCCAAGUGUCCAACAGAUGUGGCCUGAUCUGAGCACCACUUUGCACAGUUGUGCACCGAUCCUGAGUGGACCUAAACAGUGCCAAUCAAAUGCCCUCCACCUGUUAGAGCCCAGGGUCAAAGGCUCAAGUGGUUUAGUGUUUUCCUUCGUUUUGUUGCCUGUGUGUAUUUUAUGCUGUGUAACCAGUAGUUGUACAAAUUUUUACUUCAGGUAUUUUUAGGAAGUUGUCUCGAAAUGUUGAUAUUUAAUUAGGACUUUUAUGUGUCUGUGAGAGGUUCUAGUUAAUCUUAGUCUUAGGCACUUUAAAGUGCUGUGAAUUUUCCACACCCUUAGAGUUUUUGUUAUUUUGGCAUGAUGUGUAGUUGAUCCAGUCAAUAAGGAAAAAAUGAAACUGCAAUACAAACUAUGGGAUUUUGAACACUGUACCAAAAACAGAAACUAAAUUAAGAACAAAUCUAUAUAUUUAUAGAUAAAUAAGCCCUAGCUAAAUGUGUCUGUGUAUUUUUGUAUUUCACCACAAUGUGGCCAUGUUUAAAUCAGGAGAUUUAUGCUUUCUUUAACCCAAAUAUGAGAACAGAACAAAACUGGGAUUUCAGUCUUUAGCACAAACCGUGCAAAAACACAA